AUGAAGUGGACAGCGGAUAAUGACCAGCUGCUGUUCGUUAAGCUAAUCGAAACACACGAUGUUGCUAUCAAGGCCGAGAAAAUAAGGGAAGCAUGGCCCAAAGACGGCCGCGAAGUACCCACCGCAAGAGCAAUAAGUGAACGGAUCCUGCGCAUCAGAAACGGCCUAAAGAAUGCCAAUAAAGGUGACGGUACUGGUGCCGUCCCAGGAUCCGUCCCUUCAACCCCUCGAAAACGCAAAAACCCAGCAGCCUCGGUCACCGGAACCCCAAGGACUGCAAAAUCACGGCGAGUUGCUGCUACAAAAGAGCUCGAUGGCCCAGAUAGCCCUAUCAGAAGUAUUAGAAAGCCUGCUGUUAACGCGGCAGUAAGGAUGGCACACGUCCAGGAGCUGGGGGAUACGCCAGGAUCGUUUGAUGCAUGUAGUACGGUCGUCGAUGCGGCGAAUAUUUAUUAUUCGUUUGGGAACUAUGGUCCAGAUGAGAGCUAG